AUGUCGUUUGCCAAUUUGGACUUGGAGGCCCAGACCCCCGUCAAGUCCCAGCCUGCGUCUGCUCUGAGCGAUUUGGACUCCAUAAUCGCCAACACCUCGAAACAGCUCCAAGUACUUGGAGGGUUGAUAUCACAACUCGACGUCCAGCGCAAACAGGUGGGUUCAAGAAGAGACUCCAUACAGCUACGUACGAAUGUGGACGAACUCAUUGGGCGCAUUAGCACAUUGGAACGUGCAAUAGAGGUGCUUGUGCUGAAUUUAUCGCAAUUGAUCAACAAGAAGCUGGCAAACCCGCCAGACGGAGCCACCGGUCAGCUAGAAGUGUCCAACAAGCAGGUGGUCAUCAAAGAGCGGUUGGUGGGUGAGCUCAACCAGCUCCACACCCUGUUUCAGCGGUCCAUUCGGAUCUACAGCGAGAAGAAGCGAGCAGUGCCCAUCAGAGAAGCACCUGUGGCCACUGAAAACACUCCCUUGAUUGAGCAGCAGCAGUCAGCCAGUCAGCAGCAGAUCCAGCAGCAGCUCCAACAAGAGCAGGAAGAGUUUGGCGAGUCCGAGCUCCAAUACCAUGUGAUGCUCACUGAGGAAAGGAACCGCGAGAUCGACCAGGUGGCUGAGGGCAUCAUGGAGGUCAACUCCAUCUUCAAGGACUUGGGGGCGUUGGUCAAUCAGCAGGGUGAACAAUUGGACAGUAUAGAGGAUAAUAUCCUUCAGCUUCACGGAAACACCCAGCAGGCCCAGAAGGAGCUCACCAAGGCACACGAGUACCAGAAGUCCCGCAGCAAGUGGAGCUGUAUCUUGCUCGUGGCGUUGACCAUCUUCGUGUUGGUGGUGGUGUUAGCGGUGGUGAGCUGA